CAGCCACAGUAGCUAGCCAGGAUACCAUCGCUAGCUAGGUGUUUACCUAUUUUUAACGACGUUUCCCCUUAAAUGAACGUAUCUGAAUAUUGUUGUGACAUCGCCUGGUGUUGCUAGAUCUUUAGAAGAAGUUGAAUAAACAUGAGUGACCUGGGGGACAUUUGUCCCCACCUGGAAUCCAUAGGGGAGGUCACCAAGGAGGACCUUCUUCAGAAAUCCAAGGGAACCUGCCAGUUAUGUGUAGCAGGAGGUCCCAACCUCUGGGCCUGUCUUCAGAGCGAGUGUCCAUAUGUUGGCUGUGGAGAAUCCUUUUCAGAUCACAGCACCCUACACGCUCAGACUAAGAAACACAACCUGACAGUAAACCUGACAACAUUCAGGAUCUGGUGCUAUGUGUGUGAGAGGGAGGUGUUUCUAGAGCAGAGGCCUGCAGUGGUAUCUGCUAUGUCUGCCACACACACUCCCCACCACUGUAAAGCUAUGGACAACCAGGAUGCAGUUCAUCAACCAGUGAGUCACCACCGCCCGUUGAAGGCGGUGCCCAUCGCGGUGGCAGAAGAAGAGGGGUCAGAGUCGGAGGAGGAUGACCUCAAACCCAGAGGUCUGACAGGGAUGAAGAAUAUCGGUAACUCCUGCUACAUGAACGCAGCUCUUCAAGCCCUGUCCAACUGUCCUCCUCUCACUCAGUUCUUCCUGGACUGCAGUGGACUGGUGCGGACAGACAAGAAACCUGCGCUGUGCAAGAGCUACCAGAAACUAAUCUCUGAGCUCUGGCACAAGAAACGGCCCAGUUAUGUGGUCCCCACCAGUUUGUCCCAGGGAAUCAAGCUGGUCAACCCCAUGUUCCGUGGCUACGCCCAGCAGGAUACCCAGGAGUUUCUGCGCUGUCUGAUGGACCAGCUCCACGAGGAGCUCAAAGAGCCAUUGGCAGAGUACGGCAGGGGGGGUGAGGGGGACGAGCGGAGGGACGGGAGCGACCGCUCCCCCGCCGAGGACGAGUUCCUCUCCUGCGACUCAGGCGCCAGCAGCGACCGGGGAGAAGGAGGGGGGCUGGGGGAGGCGGGGCUGCUCAUCCAGGAUGAGUGCGGGGUGUCGCCGAGGGUGGGAGGAGGGGGGACAGGCACUGGGGGGCGAUCAGGGACAGAAGGGCCCAUCUCGGAGAAAGAGAGGCUGAAGGAGAAGAGGGUGUUGGGCUCACCUCUCCACGGAGGCUCCCAGGAGAUGGACGAGGACGCAGAUGUGGAUACGGCGGUGGCCGAGAAGGGGUCUCUAGAGAGGGGGGCGGAGGAGGAGGAGGGGACCCCCCCUAGACCACAGAGCCCUAGUCAGAGUCAAACACAGGGGCAGAUGCAGAGCAGCAACACUCCAGAGCCAGACAACGAGGCAUCGAUGCAGCAGCGCCCCCAGUCUCGCCCCUGCAGCCCUGUCCGUACGGUCCAGGAGCUGCAACCGAAACUCUCCUCCAGCCCCCCUCGCUCUAGCACCCUCCGCUCUGCAGGGCCCACAUACUCCUUCAAGAAAGCCCAGCUGAUCCUGGGUGCCAAGAAGAAGAAACAGUCUCUCUACCGCAGCGUCAUCUCAGACAUAUUUGACGGCUCCAUCCUCAGCCUGGUCCAGUGUCUGACCUGUGACAGGGUUUCGACCACUGUGGAGACCUUCCAGGACCUGUCUCUGCCCAUCCCAGGUAAGGAGGACCUUGCCAAGCUACACUCCUCCAUCCAUCAGAACCUCCCAGCCAAGACCGGGGUCUCUCUGGACGUCUACGGCUCCCAGGGCUGGAUCACCUACAUCAUGGACUCCAUACGCAGGUUUGUGGUGUCCUGUAUCCCCAGCUGGUUUUGGGGCCCCAUGGUAACGCUGGAGGACUGUCUCGCAGCCUUCUUUGCUGCUGAUGAGCUCAAAGGGGACAACAUGUACAGCUGUGAAAAGUGUAGAAAAUUGAGAAAUGGUGUUAAAUAUUGCAAAGUACUUCAGCUACCUGAGAUUCUGUGCAUUCACCUGAAGCGUUUUCGUCAUGAGGUGAUGUACUCCUUCAAGAUCAACAGUCACGUGGCCUUCCCAUUGGAGGGACUCGAGCUCCGACCUUUCCUGGCCAAGGACAGCCUCUCCCAGAUCACCACUUACGACCUGCUGUCCGUCAUCUGUCACCAUGGCACCGCAGGCAGUGGUCACUACAUAGCGUACUGUCAGAACGUGAUCAACGGUCAGUGGUAUGAGUUUGAUGACCAGUAUGUAACAGAGGUCCAUGAGACAGUGGUGCAGAAUGCUGAGGCCUAUGUGCUCUUCUACAGGAAGAGCAGUGAGGAGUCAGUGAGGGAGAGGCAGAAGGUUGUUGCUCUAGCCAACAUGAAGGAGCCCAGCCUGCUGCAGUUCUACAUCUCCAGAGAGUGGCUCAACAAGUUCAACACCUUCACUGAGCCAGGGCCCAUCAGCAACCACACCUUUCUCUGCCAGCACGGAGGGAUCCCACCCAACAAGUACCACUAUAUAGACGACCUGGUGGUGAUCCUGCCGCAGAAUGUAUGGGAGUACCUGUACAACAGUUUUGGAGGAGGCCCAGCAGUGAACCACCUGUACGUGUGUGCUAUCUGCCAGGUGGAGAUAGAGGCUCUGGUCAAACGCAGAAAGGUGGAAAUAGACACCUUUAUCAGGUUGAAUAAAGAGUUCCAGGCGGAGGAGGCUCCUACAGUCAUCCUGUGUAUCAGCAUGCAGUGGUUCAGGGAGUGGGAGAACUUUGUCAAGGGCAAAGACAACGAACCCCCUGGUCCUAUUGACAACAGUAAGAUUGGUGUGAUGAAAGGGGGACACAUACAACUAAAGCAAAGGGCUGACUAUGGUCAGAUCUCAGAGGAGACGUGGCAGUAUCUUCUCAGUAUCUACGGUGGAGGGCCUGAGACUGCAGUGAGACAGACAGUGUCGGCCCCAGCCCUCGACACAGACAGCCUGCACAGAGAGAGGAAGAUAGAGGCAGAGACCAGGGCACUCUGAGAAACACACACAAUGGUCGUCUGUCUGUCUGACUCCUACACCUGGGUGAAGAGAAGGACCUGGGUGAAGAGAAGCACCUGGGUGAAGAGAAGCCUUGUCAGGAGCACUUUGUAAAACGUAGCAACACGUCUCAUUCUAUUACCUGUGCAGAAAGACAUAGUUGUCAAUUAUCAUCCUAUCGUAGUGAAAAGGUCUUAUUUAUUGAAUAAAUCUUAAUAAGAUUUUUAAGUGAAAAAUAUAACAUUGCGUGACACCAUGUCUCUGAAGCUGUUAGCAGCUAUGGUUGGUUGGCUGGUUAAGUCUAAAUCAAAAGAGCUGCUGUACUAGUGUAGUAGGUGUGUCAUCGUUAAAGGUGUUCAGACGAGAAGUGGAGGGAGGUAGUGGUGUUUGGGACCAUGAUGCCGAGGAGUGUGACAUCGUCAGUGUUAAUUGCUGCUUGACGACUCGGGUCAACAUGUACAUUCUUCUCCACACAGGACAUUCAGUGACGACACGUCGGGCCACUCAUUUUUCUUUUCACGAGACAACAGAAGGACUGAUGUAAAAAAACAAAAUGUAAAGAAAUAAAAGGAUGUUCAGAGUUGAAUGUUCUGCUUGUUUCCGAGGAGGACUACAGUGUUUUCCGAUUGGCGUGACUCGUGCCGUCUCAUCGCAUAGUCAAUUGACGUUACAAUUGAUUUAUUUAAGUCAUACAGAUUAAAGCUAAUCCCAUCAAGACCCCCUAAUAGUGUAUGUUUACAGACAGUAUGAACAAGCAGAUGAGGGGAUUCUCUCUCUCCAUUCCUUUGUGAGUGAUUUCACAAGGUUUUGAAGUGUAGGAGAUGAGCUUUGUCCCAGAUCUGUUUGUGCCGUCUUACUAACUCUCUAUGGUCUAGUUGGCAAGAUGGCACAAACGAUUCUGGGACCAGGCUAAUAGGAAACCGCAGCAGAUCUACAGGGGAGGAGGGGACCCUCAGGAGAGUAGCCCCAGGUCAGGAUAUCAGGCUAGUAGGGAGGAAAGAGAGGGGGGUCCAACCCCCAGUCCCCCUGCAGGGAUAGAGGUAGAGGUGACCAGUGUGGAAGAAUGCGAAGGGCUAUAUCUGUCAAAUCUCUAUCACGUCUCGUACUUCGCUCCAUAUCCCAGAAUUCAACACUCCCCCAGGUCACCAGCCUGCACCUGCCUGCACUCGUCUCUCUGCUUGGGGAAAUAUCAUAUUCACCCUUAUCCCUCUUACCAUAAAGGUUCAUUAACCUGCAGUGUGCAUGUUAGUACUGCACGCUAACACAGAUGUUCAAACUUGUUUUCCUUUUCUUUGGUUGGCAGGAGGAUGUUGUUGUGUACCAUCUUAGUAAAAACGGUUCCAAAAGGGUUCUGAGGCUGUCCCCAUAGGAGAACCCUUUUUGGUUCCAGGUAGAAACCAGAUGGAGCCCAAAAAGGUUCUACGUGGAACCCAAAAG